AGUUAUUUUCCCUUUUCCUCUCAGUCUGUGAGGAGGAUGGAGCUAGAAAUCUAAACAGGGUAGCUGGAGCCUGCAGAGUUCCAGUGAAGCUCCGAGCCUGACCUCCUUUUCCUACUGAGCCUCUCAACAAACAUCGGGCCCCUCUGACAGCCUUCAUAGCCAGAACACUAUGAAGCUCUGGGUUGUGUUUUGCCUGGCAGUGCUCUGGGUGGAGCUCCAAAAUGGUGCCUGCCAACAAGUCAAGCGGAGAAAAGAUGUAGGAGAGAACCGCAUCCGGCCAGGAGGGAAACGGGGGAAGAUAAGAAACCCCAAAAUAAAAGAUGUUGGAGGGAAAGGCCAGUCCCUCUUGACCCAUGUUUUAGAUAAGGGACGCUUUGUGCGCCUGGGCCAGACCUCAACUCUGACUCCUGGGAAAGACAUCGAGCUUCGCUGCAAAGGAAACUCUAUCGGAUGGUCGUACCCGACUUACCUGGACACCUUCAACGACUCACGCCUCAGCAUCAAGCACAGUGACAAGUACAGUCAGCUGAUCCUGACGUCACCCUCUGCAGCUGACACGGGCUCCUACAGCUGCUGGGUGAUAGUGUGUGACGGCACAGAGUGUGAGAUGGACCACGAACGCAUCUAUGCCUCAUACAUCUACUUCACAGACAGAGACAACCUCUUCGUCCCCUCCGCCAUCCACUUUGAGAUCGUGUACCUGCGCCCGGACAAGCCUGCUGUGGUGCCCUGCCGUGUGACUGACCCACAGGCCAAGGUGUCCCUGCACAGAGAAGUCCCUCCAGAGGAGAUCAUGUCCAAUAAGACGCUGAUGACCUAUGACCCCACCAAGGGGUUCAUCCUGCAGAACCCCACCUCAGAUCUUCAGGGGGUCUUCUACUGUAAGGCUGUGACCAAAGGCACUCCUCAGAUCUCCACGAAGUACCAGCUGCUCUAUGUGGAGGUUCCCAGUGGACCACCAUUUGUGAGCCUUGAAGCCUCUCAGGAGUCUGCGAGGGGAGGCGACAACGUCAACUUCACCUGCACAGUGCUGGGAGAGCCGGAGGUGGACGUGAGCUUCACCUGGUCUUAUCCUGGUCAGGGUCGCCGUCCGGUUCACAUACACGCUUCCUGGAGGCUGGUUAUGAGAGGUAUGGGCCACAUCACGCGGGUCACCCAGAGUGUCAUGACUGUAGAGGACAUGGAGACCAUUGACUUUGGAAACUACAUCUGCAAAGCCAAGAACCCACGCGGUGAGACGAUCGUGUCGACCAACCUCAUCUCCAAAUAACCGAUCGAUGGAACCUGAGCUUUGGUUUAUGUUUGACAUGUGUUAACUGUAACACACCAACCAGUGAGACCAAAUGAAAUCAACAUGUAUAUACAUAAAAAUGGAUGUAUUUUUAAAUUGUGGUAUCAUAAUAAAAAAAAAAUUGCUACA